UCCACCGUUCCACACACACGUUAGCUUUACCAACUAACAGGAUGUUUAUCAAGGUUUAUACAACAAAGGCUGACGAUGCACAAAGCAUGCCAUGCCUGCUCGACACCAAAACUCGAUUUGCGUAUCCAGUUUCGCAUUGUUUAUUUGUGUGAACAAAGUAACGAUUACCUUAUUUACUCGAAUAAGCGCCCCGAAGUGGCCGAAGUGUUUUUAUUCAUUUAAUAUCAGUUUUAUACUACAUCAGUUUCUCUUCUCUAUAUUAUUACAUUUUGACAAUUUUCAUCUAUUACUCUAUUUCUUGUCCUGUGUAUGAGCUCCAGUGCUGUCUUAGAAUGACAUUAUGAUAGUCAGUUACAUAAAACCUGGGAAGGGGUGCGCUUAUUCGGGGGAGGCACUUAUUUGAGUAAAUACGGAAGGCUUUACAGUUUGAUAACAAAUUACUCAAUGUAUGCGAACCUUGUUGAGAAAGCUCACGAAGAUGAAGGACUUCUGAGAGGGUAAAAUUAUAAAUUCUGUUGCUUCCCUCAAAUAGCUAACACUCAAACUCCCAUCGUCUUAUGAUGGUUCGAAUCUUCCCCCGCAUUAUUUUGUGAUGAAGGGCUUACAGGGAUAGCACAUCGCACGAUACAGACCCGUAGCCAGAAUUUUGAGCUUGGCUUUUCAUUUUCCUUGCCCUUAUUCGCGGUGUUACUCAAUGUUCUUUUGUUGAAGCGGAACAUCCGGUUGAGAAGGAGGGUUAUCCCGAAUGCAGGAAUUGGAGGUCUGGUGGUGCAUCCUGAGACUGCAAGAAUUGGAGACCUACCAAAAAAGAAUGCAUUCCAUUGACAGAUUAAAAAGUACCUAAUAAAACACUCUUUUUUUAUACGCAGUCGCUAUAUGCCAAAUGCCCGACAGUUUUAAAUUUAUUCAAAUAAGACAUAUUUGUCGAGAAAUGGCAUUGUCGGUAUUGAAUGUUUUUUCUUACUUGCAUAAACAAGUUUUUUUUCCUUUUUUGUUUCUCUGUUCUAAACGGACUGGUAGUUAAUACUUUUCCGAAGGUAAAGUAAAGGCGAUUUACAUUAUUGACCACUCAUUCCGUUGUGACUUGCUAAAAUAACAACACCAUUAAGCGCAAAUGUGCUACGUUAUUUCACGCACAUUUUACACUGUCAUAUGCAAUUUGUAAAAAAAUUCCGUUGAAAGUUCCGGAUAAGUAACAAAAAAACAUCCUGUAAGCGCUCGCAGUUUUAGCGUGCAGAGGGCGGGUACCUGUGCAGACAAAAAAGAACAAAGUAUUUAAUUAUUUUGUAUAUUUUUCAUAUCAUACUACGAACGUAUUACUCUAUUUGACAAUUUCUACAUGUGUGUAAAGUCGCGGUCGUCCUGGACUCGUCACGCUAUGUGGUGUUUGAGGGGGCUAACACGAGCGUGACGAGCCCAGACGGCCACGAGGCUACGACGCUGGUGAAGUUGUGUAUUUGGAACUUGUAACUGCUAGUGUAUUUGCUCGCUUAGACGCCGCAUUUACGAGUUUUGCGCAAUGUCUGCGAGAUGUCAUGUUGUCACGUGAUGUCACCUCCGAGGUCACGCGCCAACUUGUCCCCACAUGUAAUCGUGUCAUAAUGGAGCUGCUCAAAUCGUGCCUCUACACUUUCCUACUCCUUAUUCUUGCGGUCUACUCCUCGGCCGAACUACAACCCAUAUCCGUGGACCCUGCAACGCAACGAUUCGUCGAUCCCGAUGGCCGAGAGAGGUUUUUCCACGGCUCGAACGUGGUAGUCAAACACUUCCCCUGGCAUCCGGAACUCGAAGGCUUUGCACCCGGGACUUUCUCGGAGCAGGACAUGGAGCUAAUGCAAUCCUUGGGGCUGAAUGUGCUCAGAUUAGGGUACAUGUGGCCAGGAGUGGAGCCAACGCGCGGGAAAUACAACGAGACUUAUAUUGAGGUUAUCAAGAAAAUCGUGACACUCUCGGCUAAAUAUGGGAUUUACGUACUCCUCGAUAUGCACCAAGAUGUGAUGUCACGCAAGUUCUGUGUCGAGGGCUUCCCGAACUGGGCUGCAAAUCCUGGUAACGCAAGAAACUUCCCAGAGCCCCUCCACGCACCGUAUAAGAUUGACCCUAAGACAGGGUACCCGUCAGAUGAAGACUGUGCUAAGUUUCCGUGGGCAUCGUAUUAUGCUACCGAGGCCGCGAGCGUGGCCUUUCAAAACUUGUACAACAACACGGAUGGAUUGCGUGACAGUUGGGCUGCGUUCUGGGCCAAGGCGGCGUUGACGUUCCGCGACUUCCCAAGUGUCAUUGGUUACGAGCUGAUUAACGAGCCUUGGUCUGGCGACAUCUACAGCGACCCGCUACUGAUGGUUCCCAAGAUGGCAGACAGGAUGAACCUUGCCCCUGCGUAUGAGGUACUGGCAAAGGCUAUUCGUUCCCAUGACGACCAGAAGUGCGUAUUCUUUGAGCCAGUCACGUGGGAUGAUUAUGGGGUUGGGUUCGAGUCUGUUCCUGGCGGAGAGAAGUAUAAAAACCGCAGUGUGUUGAGCUACCAUUACUAUCACCUUCCUGAUGGCCCAUCUGGGCCGGUUGAACUCAACUUUAAGGUACGGGACAAUGAUUUGAAAAGGCUUCAGUGCGGCGGCAUGCUAACUGAGUUCCAGGCCUCCUCAGGCGACUUACAAAGCUGCCUCAAAACCAUGGCAACCGCUGACCAGUACCUCCAAAGCUGGAUGGGCUGGAUUUAUAAGCCUUAUUACCCUUCAAAUAAAAAGGCUCCUUACAAAGUAGCAGCCCUUUGGGACGAGGACGGUCUUAAUGACGUAUGGGUAGAGAAUACUUGCCGUACUUACCCCCAUGCUGUAGCAGGGCACACAAUCGCAUUCAAUUAUAACCCGGUCUCACUUGAAUUCAGCCUGCAAUACGAAACCAGCCCGAAGUGUAAAUCAACGGAGACUUUGAUUUACCUAAACACUGACGCGUAUCAAAAGGUUGGGGGUGGCUUCAAGGUGUCAAUCACUCCAGUAGGCGUGGCUAAGUGGUCUUCACCGCAGAAGAACUUUGUUCUUGUAGAUCAUGGCGGUAGUUCGGGGACCAUAAGUGUGCACAUCUCACCUGGGAAGUAGACAUGAGAAUAUUACAAGCACUAAACCCGUGUAAAGAUUGGAACUAACAGUGAUUGAAUGUUCUAUUUGACAGUUAAUCAAAUUGAAUUUUACAAAAUAACUGUUUUAUUUCAGCAAAUCAAAUUGAUUUUACAAAAUAAAGAAUACAUUCUUAGCAACUAGCCAAUUUGAUGUACAGCCUUUUUGCAUUGCACGACAAACUCAAAAAGUUAUUGCUGGUAAAUUUUGCUUAUUUCGAUGAGAAGAUACCAGAUAUUCCAGGGUCUAAGUCUAGAAGUUGAUUAAACAUAAUCAUUGUGUGCAUGUUUCUGUACUAAGAAAAAACUGAUAUUAUCAAUAUUGGCAGAUAACGAACGCUAGUUGUAAUUGACAAAGUAAAAUUAUAAAUUUUCAGGUUUAAUAUCAUUAAAUUCAUAAAAAAUUA